AUGAGAGCUGUUACAGUUGCCGCUGCUGGUGCAGUGGUUGUCGGAUCGGUCUCCGCCGCGAGCCAUGUCAAGCACAUGCACCCCAAGGUUCAUGCGAAUGUUGAACGGGACACUUGGGUUGACUGGAAUGCGACCUCCAGCACAACCACGACAACCUCCGUCGAAGAGACCUCUACGGCUGCCGCUGCAUGGGAAGACUGGGAUACCAGCGUGGAGGGUACUGCGACUUCAUCAAGCGUCGCUGCCGCCACUACUUCUGUGGAACCUUGGGAGGACUGGGCAUCGUUCACUGCUGUUGAAUCUGCGACGACUACUGAAACCGAGACCUGGGGUGACUGGACGGUCACUGCCACGAUUGUUGAGGCUUCCGCAGCAACAAGCACCGAAACCGAGUCCGCGAGUGCGGCUGCCGAAACGUGGAGUGACUGGGAUGAGUCCGGCGUCACCAUGACCACCACCAUCUACGAGCCUUCUGCCAGCACCAGCAGUGAGACCGCCUCUGAAACAUGGAUCGAUUGGUCUUCUGAGGAGACGACCAUUGUUACUCUGGCAUCUACGGUCACCAACACCAAAUAUAUCCAGCCGCUGACUCCCGCCGCGGCAGAAUCGACUUCUACUGGCCCAGUCACGAGUAUCAUCACAUCAACCAUUGUGCCAGCCUGGACCACCGACUCUGGUAGCUGUGCCAUUUCCAUCUACACCUCUUAUGGCCUGCCCACUUGGUACCCAACUCCUUUCGAUCCCCAAGCAACCAGCACGGCUGCCGACAUUUGGGGCGACUGGACUAACACUACGACGAGCACGACCCCUGCUGCGGUGACCAGCACCUCUGCGCCAGCUGUCGUUACUUCCACUGAAACCUGGGGUGACUGGACCUCGACCAUUUCCGAACCGGCUGUCGUUACUUCGACGACCGAGACUUGGGGCGACUGGGCUAUUACUAAUACCAUUGAUACUGUUGUCGUCCCAGUUUCAACCGAAACGUGGGGUGAAUGGACUUCUACCACCACCGAGUCUGCUGCCGUUUCGACCGAGACCGAGACCUGGCUCGACUGGGCUUCCACCUCCACCGAGUCGGCUACUGCGACCACCAGCACUGAAGAGACUUCAUGGGCCUGGUCCUCACCUAGUGCCUCUGCCUCCAGCUCGGCCCCGAAGCCGAGUGGUGGAAGCCCAGGCAUAACUGCCAACGGUGACUCUUGGGGUAUGACUUACUCUCCAUACACCGCACAGGGAGGUUGCAAGGACGCCAGCACCGUUGAAGCCGACCUCACCAUCAUCUCCCAGAAGGGAUUCACAUCCGUGCGUGUGUACAGCACUGACUGCAGCACUCUCGAAAACAUCGGUGCUGCUGCGCGCAAAACCGGGCUCAAGCUCAUUCUCGGGGUUUGGAUCUCCUCGUCUGGAAUUGGCGGCGCCCAGGGCCAAGUUGAGGACAUCAUUGCGUGGGCGCAAUGGGACCUGGUGGAGCUGAUCGUUGUCGGGAACGAAGCCGUCUUCAACGGAUACUGCUCUGCUUCCGAGCUUGCCGCGUUUGUUUCGAGCUGCGCUUCAUCGUUCAAGGGCGCCGGUUACACUGGUUUGAUUACUUUGACCGAGCCCUUGUCGAUCUGGGAAGACACCAGCAGCUCUUCUGCCUUCUGCGGCGUGGUCGAUGUGGUUGCCGCCAACCUGUAUGCCUUCUUCAAUGCCGACAUCUCCGCUGACAAGGCCGGUUCUUUCAUCCAAGCCCAAAUCGACAUCCUCGACGGCAUCUGCUCCGGAAAGGCCGUCUACGUCCUCGAAUCCGGCUGGCCCAGCGCUGGUGACUGCAACGGUGCUGCAUGCCCUGGUCCUCAAAACCAGGUCACCGCACUAAAGGGAAUCCAAGCCACUGUUGGUGCUCAAGUGGUGUUCUUGAGCUACGAGGACGAGCCAUGGAAGGAGCCAGGCCAAUUCGAUGUCGAGCAACAUUGGGGCUGUGCUGAUGUCUUCUAG